AUGCCCAAGGACCUGGCACCUCAGUAUCCUUCUUAUACUGUGGCGCCUAAACUGCGCGCAGGACUCAAGGGACAUGGGGCUGCUCCCAACUUCUCAGUGCCAGCAGCACCACACGCUCCCAACCCGCACCCAAAGAGCUCAAUCUGGGGAAAGAAUGGCUCAGAAUUCAGCGCUUGGGGGAGGUUUAAGGCAGAGAAAACCCCGAGCUGUGAGUGCCGGGUUCCACCUGCAGGCGGCCGCGUGCUGGAGGUGGGGUUUGGCAUGGCCAUCGCCGCCUCCAAGGUUCAGGAAUUCGGCAUCGACGAGCACUGGAUCAUCGAGUGCAACGAGGGCGUUUUCCGGCGCCUGGAGCAGUGGGCCAAGGCACAGCCGCACAAGGUGGUGCCCCUGAAGGGGCUCUGGGAGGACGUGGUGCCAACGCUGCCGGACGGGCACUUCAGUGGUGAGACAGCACCAGCAGGACGGGCAGGGGCUGGGCUGGGCACCCCACUGCAAAAUAGGGGUGCAGCAAAGCCCAGGGCAUCCCAGGACACCCCUGAGCCAUGGAAAGGGGACAGCAGUUUGGGCAGGGUGCAGGUGGAGACCAGAUUGUCCCAUGGGGAUCUGGCGCAGGUUCUUGGUGUCCAUCUCCCUGUAGACCUCCUUCAGGUACCCAACCACCAGGUCCAGCUGCUCCUCAUCCUCCAGCUGACCCCAAUUCCCAAAAUUCCGCAAUUCCCGGGGCAGGGCCACGCCUUCCGCCUGCUGCGGCCAGGAGGGGUCCUCACCUACUGCAACCUCACCUCGUGGGGGGAGCUGCUCAAAACCAGGUACAGCGACAUCGAGAAGAUGUUUGAGGAAACCCAGGUGGGGCCGCUGCUGCAGGCGGGGUUCAGGAGGGAGAACAUCAGCACGAGGGUGAUGGAGCUGCAGCCGCCCCCCGAGUGCCGCUACUACUCCCACCCCAGGAUGAUCACCCCCACCGUGCUCAAACACUGAGGAGCCAGCCCGGGGAGGAGCUGAGGAGGAGGAGGAGGAGAACGGCUCUGAUCUCCUUAAAACCCUUGAGAGAUGGGUGGAGGCUUGGGAUGGACAAAAGGAGAGGAAACCCCCAGCCCCAUGAGCUCCCUUGUCCUUGUGGGCUCUGGGGAAGAUCUCACCCUGUUCUGUCCCCUCAAGACUUCAAAUUCUCAAUAAAGCUGGAAUUUCA